UCAUUCAGCAGAAGCGACAGAAACAGGUUUGUUGCUGUAAAAAUCAAAUAUGCCACUUCCUGCAGCCCUGCAAGCUCGAUUAGAAAAAAGGGGAAUAGUAAAGCGACAGGAGUCUAAAAGACCAGGUAUUGGAUAUGGAAAUUUCCAAAGCAAUCCAAUUGAGGAGGUGGAGGAAGUUUUUGCUGAGGAUUAUGACGAUCUGUCCCACCCAAAUCAUCAGGAAGCCGAGGUUCCCCAGAUCGUGGCCAGUGUGCCUACCACCACUGAACCAGAGGGGGAAGAACCAGAAGAGGAAGAAGUUCUGGCUUGUCCAAACAAAUGGAACCCACAUCAUCAGUGUGUUGACUACUGCAGACAGAGGUGGGGAGUACGCACUUUCCAACCAGAUUCAAACAUGCUGCGGCGACGGGACAGGAUGCUUAGGAAAUACCCGCUGCCUGACAACUGGCAGGAGGUAGCUGACCCAGAAACGAACAGGUACUAUUACUGGAAUAGAAUAACAGAUGAAGUGUCCUGGCUAUCUCCUAUCCAUCCCAAGGCUCAGAUAACAGUGGCAGCAAAAGCACUGCAGGAUCUUCUUAGAGCAAAAGUGAGUAUCAAGAUGCCAGAGGUGGAGAAAAUGGAUAUGCAAGAAAAAGAAGCUAACAAGGAUACUGAUGAAGAAAUGGACUUUGAACGCAUGGAAGAAGAUUUACGAGAGGAAAAAGACAGACGGAAAAAAGACAGGAGAGGUCGCAGAAGAAAAGAAGAAGAACUUGACCCAAUGGAUCCUGCAGCUUACUCAGAUGUACCCAGAGGCAACUGGUCAACAGGAUUAGAGCGUAGAGGGGAGGCCAAAACGGGAGCUGAUGUCACUGCCUCAGGACCACUCUUUCAGCAAAGACCAUACCCUAGUCCAGGAGACAUUCUCAGGGCAAACAGAAAAUCUAACCCAGAAUAGUCUGCCAUAAAGCUGGUGUAUCUGAGCUUUGUGCUGUAAGGGAUCAUUUUGAACCCAGCCAAGACAUUACAGUUUUGAAGGAGGAUGUGAGGAUGACAGGUGUGGUGUCAAAUUCUGAAAUGGGCUGUAAUCGGAAACAAAACUAUUUCCAUUUAUUGUCUUUCUGGCUGACCUCAUGUUGUAGAGAAUGCAGUUGUGAUACCACAUCAUGCAUGAAUAUAAGAGACAUUGUGAAUUCCCAUGACAGAGUUUGCCUUUUAGGGGAACACUGAAGUUUGCUUGAAAAAAGUACAAGAUCAGCAAAGCUUUAUCAUUUUUCAUUGUUGUCUUAUAUGAUUAGCUUACUAUAUAAAUCUCAUGAAUGUAAAUUAAUUCGAAGUGUAUUUGGUGAAAUAAAUACAAUAAAAGUGAACAGUUUGUGUUAUGUUAAAACCUGCAGAGUAACACUAUUAAUUAAAACUGUUCUUAUAAUUUGGUGUAAAUUGACGGCUAAAUUCAAUUGAGUUAGCUGUUUCAGUCAAUUAGAGCUGGUAUCAUUUACCCUUAAUUCUCUUAUAAAUAACCCUGGAAAGGUAAUCUGGCUAAUUCAUUGUUAUUAAAUCGUGAAAAGGUAUUAAUACUACUGUUUCAGUCACUAAGAGUAUGGGUUGUUUGCUGAAAUUUUCCUUCUAUGUGACCCAGGAAAGGUAAUUUCACUGUUAAGCAUUUAUUGGUCAUUCAACUCAAAGGAGGCUUGAAAAUGUACUGGGGUUGCAUUUCGGUCGCAUAAUUCAUAAAAUGUCUGGGUGUAAAAUGUUGUCUGUUUUAGCGCCGAAUCGGAAUGUAGCAAAACGUGAAUAAUACUUAGUCUCAACGAUUAAGUACGUCGGCUAUAGGCUAAUAUGAUAGAUUUGUACUAAAUACAUAUGUGAGCUGAUCUAAGAACAUUUUAAGGGGAAAUUUUUUUUUUUCGGGAAUCUUUUCGUUUGUGAAUCUGACAUUCUGUGUUUCAAGAUAUUGUACAAGAAACGCGAGUCUAAUAUUGUCGAGUAGAUUGCAUUAUUUUUCAUGUGUUGUAUCCAAUGAGUAUUUUCUUGAACCAAUUCAGUGCUGUCAUCUUCACCAGUCUAGUUAUACAGAUAUGAAUAAAACGAUACUCUAGGUAUAAUACCCACGAAUACAUCGUAAUGGCUGUUAGUU